AAUAAUGUCAAUAUGAGGUACUCUGUACGCGCCGCCGGUCCCGGUCGCUGAGUAAUCGCCACCGCUACCUGUAGUCGGCAUGCCAUUUGCGAUUGACGUUGUCCAGUGUGGACGCCGCGGACACACCUCAUCCACAAACUUCCUCACGGCAUUACUAUUCUUAACUUUACAUAGAUCUUGAGGAUACUUGCUUCUUGUAUCCACCCAUCGCCAUACCCGACUCGAGCCCGGGUAAGAUCACCUCCUUGAAUACCUCCUGCAGUACGCAUCUCAGCCCCCGAGACCCUGCUAACCUCGCGCGGGCCACGCAGACUACCCUAUCCUCCCCGCCUUAGGAUAGGCAUACGACCUGUCUGUCCUCUUUCUGCCAUAGCCGCUGCAUGGCGUCAAGCUAUAACCUCCUCCGUCAUCGUAUCGCUCAUCCCACGCGCGCAUCGGAGCCAGAACUACUCCCCUCCACGAAUCAACCUAUGUUUAUCAACCCAUGGUCUAAACCCCAGCAGAAAGCCCGCAGGGCGAGAUCCCCAAGCCUCGACCACCUGCCUGUCGUCACCCGGACUCGACAGCGAUUUUGAUCUUGCCCCUACAUCGCCUCCUCGUCAUCGCCAUGGAAGGCUGGCGGCCUAAUCCUUCUUCCGAAUCCCCCAACUUCAACGAGCGGCGUCGACAGUCAACAAUUAAAUCCGACAUCAUGACCGAACAUUCCGCGCCGGGAGGUUCUAAGCCCUCUGGAAAUGAUGCCUUCGUCGACCCGGAUACUUGUCGGAUAUGCCGAGGAGAGGGCACCGCUGAGGAGCCGCUCUUCUACCCUUGCAAAUGCAGCGGGAGCAUAAAGUAUGUCCACCAGGACUGCUUGAUGGAAUGGCUUUCGCACUCUCAGAAGAAGCACUGUGAGUUGUGCAAGACACCAUUUCGCUUUACCAAACUAUACUCUCCGGACAUGCCGAAGCGGUUGCCAUUCUACAUCUUCAUCACCCACAUGGCCAAGUAUGUCUUCCGCAACCUGCUUGUCUGGCUGAGAGCCGCUCUAGUCAUCAGCGUUUGGCUAGGUUGGCUACCGUAUCUCAUGCGCUGGGUUUGGUCCGGCCUAUUCUGGGUCAGCGAUGAGGGGUUUGGUUCUAGUUUGCCAAAUUUCGACGGUCGGAAUACCUCAGUAGGUCGAGAUGGCCUCUCCUCUCUCACCGUCACGUUUUCGACUACGUGUGCCUCGUCCCCCCUGUUGGCCGCCACGACAACCGCUGCGAGCGUUGGACGCGUCAUCGAACAGGUCCCCGUCUCCAACUUGUUGAAGGUCAUAUCCAAGCCCCUUGUCGGUGCACCUCCGUCUUGGCUCGCUGCAUUAUUUGGCCUUUCCACCGCCACCGAGAAAUCGAUUCCAGAGCCUAAGGAAUUCUUAAACGUGACCCGCGUCGACCAGAUUGCCAGUUCGCUAAACCUACAUCCCCGGUCUCUAUUAAGUGACGUCACUGUCUUGAAAAAUUUAACGCGACACCCUGCCAUCAACAGGACCAUCAUCGCUGUGUUCGAGGGGCAGAUAAUUACCUUGCUCGUCAUCGUAUGCUUUAUCCUCAUAAUCUUAGUCAGAGACUACGUCGUACAGCAACAGCCGGAAAUAAACAUGCGUGCAGCCUUUGCCGCCGCGGAAAACGAAGGACUCCCGGCCGAAGCCGUAAACGAUGGCGCCCCUCACAACCUAGGUUUGGAGGACGAUUCCGACGAUGCUUCCGAUGAUGAAUCCAUAGUUGCCCGCGGCGGCUCAGCAGAUGCUGAAAACGACGAGCAGGACACGACAAUCCAAACGGACAGUACCCAAGAUGUACAUAGCCCACAAAAUCUUCGUUCAAGACCUAUCGCUGAGCCUCGGCGACGAAUGGAUCGCAGCCGUCCUAGCUCCAUCGUACACGAUCCCGAAGGCGAAGGGCAAACCGAAGGUACGGAGUCGGCCCCCUCGCGGCAAUCGUUUGCCAACGAACCCUCUGUGAACAGUCCCGGUGCCGAAGAGGCCGGGCGUUCAGGCUCGAGCAUAGACGAUAACGAAGCCACAUCGCAGAGUGCUGUAAAGGAAUAUCUACGCAUUUAUCGAGAAGCAGAUGGAGACCACGAGAGAAUCCUUCGCAUUAUUCGAAACGAAGGACUGGAAGAUCGCAUGGGCUACUGGAUCCAGGUCACUAAAACAAUGGCUAGCGUCAGUGGAAAUCUCGGAAGCAGUGACAAUGCCGAUCUAAGAGGUGACGCCCUCGCUAAUUUAACCACGACACCUCAUAUAAGUCGCUUAAGCCGUUCCCCGAUGAGAUCGGGCUCUCUCGCUGUAGACAGGACAAGCAGCGAUGCUUCGAGUUGGACAUGGGCGGACGCCGAUGACGUCGCGGACGCAGAGAGCCAGGGCUCCCGUGGCAAAGGCAAGGCCCCCGAAGCGUCCGCAAAAGGGAACGUAUGGACGCAUUGGGACGGCGAAUUUGGCGAACCCCCCCGACAGCUAGAUAGCAUCAGCGCUGAGAACCACAACGAGGACCCGUCGCCAUUCUCACCCGCAUUAACACGAUCCCGAGCGGUUUCCGACGGGCCCCAAGCUCCCAAGCCUAUCAACAUACUUGCUAACAACAAUUGGUCUUUUCCCGACCGACCUCCGGACGCCGCGAACACGCCACAGGAGGAGGCAUCUGAAGCACUAGGCGAAGGUGAAGACAUUCCCUAUACUCGCCCUACUCUACACGGAGAAUUCGAUGCUAGGGAAACAUGGUUACCCGCCCCGGACAGCAACACUCCCGAUUCAAGCGCUAUCCAGAGGCGCGACCGACCCGGUGCCGAAGAAAGGCCGGAUAAUAACGGCAACGAGCGCCGCGAUGAGGAAGGCCGAUAUGCUGUGGACACAGCUGCUGGCGUCGAACAGACUCAUAACCAACAUGCCGCCCCCGCUGCGCGUCAUGCAGGGGGCAUUGUUGGUCGUGUUGCUGAUUUUAUGUGGGGCAACGUCGAGGUCGGCCCCUUAGAUGAUCUCGACCCCGACGGACCUGUCGAUAUAUUCGGCGAGAACCAUAACGCGCCGUUUUUCGGCGAUGACGAUCGAGAGGAUGAAGGAGAUGACGAAGGAGAGGCAGAGGUGGCGCCUGAUGUCGUCGAAGCCGCCGUGGCUGCCGGUUUGGACCCAGAGGCUGUUGAAGAUGCCGAAGACUUCGAAGGGAUCAUGGAGCUUAUCGGAAUGCGCGGUCCCGUCGCCGGUUUAUUUCAGAACGCUAUUUUCUGCGCGUUUCUCGUAUCUAUUUCCAUCUUCCUGGGUGUCUUCGUGCCGUAUAAUGUCGGCCGCGUGUCCGUCUGGAUUAUUGCCAACCCAGCUCGUCUUCUCCGUAUUGUUUUCAGCUUCUCCAAAUUUGUGCAGGAUGGUGUUUUGCUGAUCGUCGGCUACACUUCCACGAUCGCCUUCAACAUACUCGAAGUGUUCAGAUUGAUCCUUGGAGUCGAACGCGGGCAAAACUUGAUGCACUCUUUGAGAACCGACGCCAAACACGUUGCAGCCAGCGCCUUCGAUCGGAUCGUGGCUAGUUUCGUGACCGAGAUGCCGCUCAUUUCGAUGAGCGAGAUGCGGAAUUUCUCUGCCGUCAGCCACGAGGCUCUCCUUUUUGUGAAGAACGACAUCCAGUACGCCCUCUCAGUUCUCAGUUACGCCAUCUCCUAUCUCUUCGGUGGUAGUUAUUCAGCCAAAUUAGCCGCGACUAAAGCAUUCUUUGCUGUCGCGGGCCCGGCUGCACUGGGUUUCCUCAAAUCAAUGCCAAGCAUUGCCACGCACCCCGGAUCUUGGAUACUAAACCUGAGCUCCCUCGAAUCAUCUUCUUCGGCGAAUCCCGUACUCGCUUAUUGGGAUGCGAACGAUAGGACGUGGGCUAUCCUCCUCGGAUAUGUUUCCCUUUCGGUCAUUGCUGGAUUGUACCUUGCCCGAGGGACGCCGUUCUCUACCGGCCAAACGGCACAGGAAUGGGAGGCUUCCAUCAUUGAUGCGUUGAACCAAGCCAGCGGUGUCAUGAAGGUCAUCUUGAUUAUCAGCAUAGAAAUGCUCAUUUUCCCGUUAUACUGUGGCCUACUCCUGGAUUUGGCACUACUACCCUUGUUUGAGGGUACUAGUGUGAGGUCUCGCCUACUCUUCACGUACAACUACCCUCUCACCUCUAUCUUCGUGCAUUGGUUUGUGGGCACGGGCUACAUGUUUCACUUCGCGUUGUUCGUCUCUAUGUGCCGUAAGAUCAUGCGGAAGGGUGUCCUAUACUUUAUCCGCGAUCCUGACGACCCGGAAUUCCAUCCUGUACGUGACGUACUCGAGCGUAACGUCAUGACCCAGCUUCGAAAGAUACUAUUCUCAGCUUUUGUGUACGGGGCCCUCGUCGUAGUCUGUCUCGGAGGUGUUGUGUGGGGCUUGUCCCUCGCGCUUCCCAACGUACUCCCAAUACAUUACUCAUCAAACGAGCCGGUUCUUGAGUUCCCCAUCGACCUGCUUUUCUACAACUUCCUGAUGCCCCUCGCCGUCAGGUUCUUCAAACCGAGCGAUGGCCUACACUCUAUGUAUACCUGGUGGUUCCGGAGGUGCGCUAGAGCUCUGCGACUAACAUGGUUCCUGUUUGGAGAAAGGCGGGUGGAUGAGGAGGGGAUCUUGGAACUUUCCAAAGACUCACCUCAUCGAAACAUGCCCUGGUGGUGCCGGGUGUUUCUUGAAGUGAAUGGCGAAAAUCAAGUCGUGCCGAAGAUGUGGCAAGACACAUUCAACGGCGGCAAUGCUAGGCCCAAUGCGAGAAUAUCCACCGAGGAUAUGAACAGCCACAAUGACAAGAAGAAGAGGCUCGUUGAAUCUCGACAGCUCAUCCCCAAUGGCCGUUUCGUGCGAUCGCCGGCGUCCGACCAGGUCAAGAUUCCUAAGGGCCAGUCCGUGUUUCUCGAUGUGUCGGAGCAGAACGACAGAAGUGAUGGGAAGCCGGAUCGAGCUGACACUGACUUGUACGCCGGUGCUCACUACCAGCUCGUCUAUGUCCCCCCCUGGUUCCGAGCCCGAGUGUUCUUAUUUAUCCUUUUCAUAUGGAUAUUUGCAGCCGUCACUGGGGUUGGCUUCACCAUCGUGCCCCUUGUGUUCGGCCGUCGCAUGUUCAAGGUACUUAUCCCUUCCCACAUACGAACCAACGACAUCUACGCGUUUAGCAUCGGCAUCUACAUCCUUGGCUCUCUGGGCUACCUCGCCUUUCACUCGCGAGCAAUGCUUGGACGACUGAGGAGUUGGACGAUGGGCACAGUGGAAUCGACGCUGGACCGUCGCACCAUCCAGCGCACCAUCCAGUUUGUGGCUCACGUGUGUCGACUUCUAUAUACUUACAUCGCUCUUCUCGUCGUCUUCCCGCUCCUCAUCACGCUGCUAGUGGAACUCUACCUGCUCGUGCCGGUGCACACGUACAUGUACUCUGCCGGAACAGACGCCACGAGACGACUGGACGUGUUGCGGGGAGGGCACACCAUCCGUGUGAUACAGGCUUGGACCCUCGGCAUUCUCUACCUAAAGCUCGGCUCUCGAGCGUUAGUGCUAUACGGUGGUCGGCCCGCCCAUGCAGUGCGAGCUGUACUUCGUCGCGGAUGGCUAGAGCCAGAUGUCGGCAUCUUGACCCGUGCUUUCGUCAUCCCGGGAGUCUUUGCGUCCCUCGUCAUGAUAUUUACGCCUCCACUUAUGGCUUGGACAGUCCUCCGUCGGGGCCUAGACGCCGGUGCCGAGGUGAAUCACGAAAUGCGAGUACUAGUCUACCGUCUCGCAUACCCGCUCACAGCCCUCUUUUGGGCUGGGCUUCUCAUGGCACGGAGCAUAAUACGUGUUUUCGAAGGCUGGCAGGUCCGCAUCAGGGACGAGGCGUAUCUAAUGGGGGAACGGCUUCACAAUUUCGGCGGAACAGCCGCUAAAGCUUCUGGUUGGAGGGGUGGCACCAGGCUUUAGGGAUGCGCAAUACCAUGUCACGAUGAUCAGAACCGUGCAUCCGAGUUUGGGUAGACAAGAAUAAUAAAUAGCGUGGUACCGAAAUAUACUGAUGGCUAAUCUGAUUCCGCGGUCUGUAGACAUGUGUUCACCGACGGCUCCGUGAGAGCAUGGUAUGGGGGAAUACGCACCCCGAGCUGCAUCCUCAGGAUUCCGAAUUCACGCGAUGCCGGGUCUCAUAAGGAAAACAUACUCUGGAUGACCUUGGGUAUCUAAGUUAUCCAACACAUGGCUCUCGCGAGCAUUACUCCUCUUGCUGAAUCAAACCCCGGUGCCUGCAUCUUAACACCAAGAAUACAAACAUACCUCUCGGGCCGCCCAGCAAUCCCUCAGGCAAUCUUUUAACAAUAACUACUGCGCAACGAACCACAAUAUUCCCACUCAUUCUAUGUGUACAUAUCAGGGCGGCAUGCAUGAAACGUAGG